AUGGCCGCCUCCACCAUGUCCGUCUGCUCUGACGCCUGCACCAGCUCCUCCUGGCAGGUGGACGACUGUCCAGAGAGCUGCUGCGAGCCCUCCUGCUGCGCCCCCAGCUGCUGCCAGCCCAGCUGCUGUGCCCCCUGCCUGACCCUGGUCUGCACCCCGGUCAGCUGUGUGUCCAGCCCCUGCUGCCAACCCGCCUGCCCCAGCUCCUGCACACCCUCGUGCUGCCAGCAGUCUUGCUGCCAGCCGGCCUGCUGCACCUCCUCCCCCUGCCAGCCGUCCUGCGGUCCGUCCUGCGGUGUGACCCUCUGCUGCAAGCCCGUCUGCUGUACCCCCGUCUGCUCUGGGUCCUCCCCUUGCUGCCAGUCCUCAUGCUGCCAGCCGUCCUGUGGUGUGACCCUCUGCUGCAAGCCCGUCUGCUGUACCCCCGUCUGCUCUGGGUCCUCUCCUUGCUGCCAGUCCUCAUGCUGCCAGCCGUCCUGCUGUGUGCCCGUCUGCUGCAAGCCCUGCUCCAGCGUGUCCCUGCUCUGCCGCCCCGUGUGCAGACCCGCCUGCUGUGUGCCCACCUCCUCCUGCUGCGCCUCCUCCUGCCAGCCCAGCUGCUGCCGCCCGUCCUCCUGCGUGUCCCUGCUCUGCCGCCCCGCCUGCUCCCGCCAGGCCUGCUGUGGCCUCUCCUCGGGCCUGAAGUCCAGCUGCUGA